GCACUCAGUGGCCGCCGCGUGACGGGAUCGCCUGACAUCGCCGCUCUUUUUGUUUAUCGCGUGCGUGCGCACGCGCGUCCGCACGCUCGGUGUUGAUUGCAGACAAGAAGACUCUCUUCUUUUGGGACAUAGUUCUUUUUUGUCUUUUUACUCUUUUGUGGUGGACCGGACCCCCUGGUUUUGGUGCCUCGGCGCGUGUUCAGUUCGCCGGCGUCCCAGCGCAAGCGAGGCAGCGAGAUCAGCUGUCGGCUCAGCGUCAAGCCCGAACACUACGAAGUCAAAAGCAACUGGUGAGUGCCUGUACCUAACAGCGCCGAGUGGUCGCAUGGCCGGAUCGUGGCCGGGGACGAGCGGCCUACAGCUGAUGCUGCUGCCCCUGGUGCUGCUGGCGGUGGCGCCACUAUCGCGGGCGCAGUCGGCCGACCAGGAGUGGCAGCGGCGAAUACUCGAGCGGCGUCAGGUCGAGCAGCUGCCGCCGGCCGCCGUGCCUGAGCCCUCGUGCACCCAGCUCAGGCUCAUGUGGCGCCAGAUGCAUCGCAUGGCUCGCCACAGCCAGCUCACCAACGAGAUACCGCAGUUCCCUGCCUCUUACCCGUUCGGUUACGUCUCGCCAGACGACAAGGCGCUCAUGUACUGGACGCCAGCGUCAUUCGGCAAAGUCGUCCGGCAGCCCGGUCAGAAGCCCGCGAGUCCGAUCAAGCCUGGCCGGCCAUCCCUCAACGGUCGGUUCGCCCAGACGCCGCUGCCCCGCUCUGCGCUCGGUUCUUCGUACGGCACAGUGGUGCGCAGUCCCAGCGAGAAAGCUGCUCUACGGCGUCAGAUGGCCGCCGCUACAGGCGCCUGGGGACCGUUCCCACCCGACCGUGGUUCGGACGCCGGCGUCGUGUCCAAGACCAGGGUUCUCUACCGCAGCGAACAGGAGCGCUGCGGUCGAAGCGUGAUGGGCCGCACAUGCCACUCGCACGACGACUGCUUCUGUCCAGGACUGAAGUUCUUCUGCUCGGCAGGAAGGUGUCGCUCUCCAGCCUCCAGAAAAGCGUCCAAGGACCAGUGGGGCACAUGGUACAACGGCCCCGUGGAGUUCUCGAGACUGGGUUUGAUGGGCAAGGCAAGGAACCGACCUGGACUACCAGCUUCCAACGACGUUUGAACCCGGGCCUACUACUCAAGGAGCCGCCACCGCCGCCACUGUUCUUCCGCGAGCUACGUCCUCGCCGAUCCUAUGGAUAGAGAGAGGGAGAGAGAGCCAUCUUUGUCCGCCUCUAAAACAACCCCAAGUAUUCUUUUUAAAAGACUGACUGCUCAAGGGUGCUCCC